UUUAUCAGGGACCUUCAUUGACUUAGUUUGCUGGCAGGCCUGCUCGCAUUUGGAAUAGAAAUGGUUCUGUUCAGCUUAAGAGACCAGGCACGUCAAUCAAGAACCGUUGACCGACCUCAUCGUUCUGAAGUUCAACAACCAGCUGGUUACUUUUGGUCGUUCUAUAUGACGGCGACGAGAAACAUUGGUAUGCCGGGCCAUACCGCUCAGAUACCUGACUACGCAACUUGUGUCUACCAUAAUAUGACCACCUCCCUUCCCGUAUUUUCUAUCCUCUAUCCCUCCAUUCGACGAUAUACAGUCAAGCAGACUCGGAAAAGCGAGACUUCAGUCGACUGCCAGUCUUUAGAGAGAAAAGGAGGACUCUUACACAAUCUACUACUUUCUGUGAAAGGGAUUGUUCGAACUCCACUAUUUGUCCGGUGGUACGAGGCGUUGUCUUUCGCCCUUUACUCCAUCAGCGAAUCAAUCAUUUUCAUACCGAAGAUGGUGAAGGGUAAGAAAGCUGACACCAUGGAAAUUUUACUGAAUCAAACUAGUGUCGGCAAUUUGCCUCCUCAGCUGCCUUCAGCUAAUGAAAAAGUGGAAGAAUUGGAUGAAACCCCUCCACCUUCUCGUCCACCAUCACCUCCGCCGUCUCCUCCGCCAUCUCCAACGUAUUCAGCCGGCUCCCGAAGUUCCGAAUGGUCCAUAGAUGUAGAAGAGUUGAGUGAUGAACCAAGGCCUGCCAUUCAAGCGAGAAAGGACAAAUCACAUGGAGAAAGGCGUCGUUCUAGCUCGUGGUCACGUAGUCUCAUGAAUUCUUUUCGGAAAAAGAAAAAGGACAAGAGAUUAAAGCCUGAGGACUUGUACAAGACCGAACCACUUCCUGCAGACUUUUCCACCAGGGCAGAAGAAGAAAUGGCUGUAGAAAAUGAAUUGGAAGUAAUAUUGCGGGCGGAAGAAUUGAAAGAGCAAGAAGAUGCCCAAAUACAAGAAACAGUGGAGGAAAGAAUAACACCUGGUUCAAUUGAAGGCGAAACGGUUACAACGCCAGAAGCAACAGCUAAAGCUCCGUUUUCGGAAAAAAGUAACAGGAUGUCCAGAAUAUUAAAUUUCGGAACAUUUGGGCGGCGGAAAUCUAUGCCAGUCCAAGAAGAACAGAUGAAGGAUGAUCCCAUAGAUCGUGAAAUCCAGGAAAAUCUGGAAAUUAAAAUUGAAUCUGGACAGGAAAACAAACCCGAAGAUAAAUCAGAAACAAAAGCCGAAACUGACGGAGAAGGAAAAAAUUUCAGCUCAGAUGAAGAAAGUGGUGAAUCAAAACCUCAAAGCAAAAGCAAAUCAAAGAAAAAGGUGAAAUCCAAAUCGGAAAAGAAAACCAAGAACAGCCGAAAGGAAAAAUUGGAAGAACAUUCUGAAAUGGCGUUAAACGCUGCUGAUAACGAGUCAAGACCCAAAGUGGAAAAUUUAGAAGAACAAAAACGAAGAAGUUCCAAAAAGUCAUUGGACAAGACCAACUCAAAGCAAAAAUCUAUUUUCCCGUUCAGAUCUUCAACAAAAACAAUUGAUCAAUUUAAACCAGAAAUGAAUAUCAACGCCGAAGAGUUAAACCAGGAAGAAAUAGAGCCGAUUCCUGAUACUGCCAUAAAGAAUGAACUACAACCAACGGAAAAUGUGAAACCUAAACGAAGGACGAUAGCUAACUUUUUUAAACGUCAGAAGAGUAUCAAGGACAACGAGACUCCAGUAGCGUCUGCCUCUAAAUUGGAUGUCCCAAAUUUGAAGAAAGAAAGCAAAUUCCGCAAUUCUUUUGCCAGGAUCAAGAAAACGAAAUCAGUCGACGCGGAAGCUAGUCCAACCGAAGACACCAUGGAAAAGAACAAGAAAUCGCAGAGAUCAACCUCCUUGGCAUUUGGUAGUUCAUUCAGUUUAAAGAAAAUGUUCCAGACAGAUUCGCAGCCUGGCACCCUUGAACGACGUACAGAUAGUCCUGGAAUUUUAACAAAACGAGGCAAAGGAUCUUCCACAGCCAGACCGAAAUCUGUUCAACUAGAUGAGCAUCCUCUUGAAAUUGAAAAUAUCCCAAAUGCUUCACCAACAGCAUUAAGAUCUUCCCGAAGUAAGCUUGGGGAGCGUUUCAUUUCUUUUACAAGGGACUCGUUAAGCAUGAAGAAAUGGUCUAAAUCUGUUGACCACAGCGUGACAGAAGUAGCGGACGAAGGCCUGCAAGUGCCAAUUGAGUCGAAAGAACAGGAUGUCACAGCUCAUAAAGCUCCCACAAUAGAACUUGAAGGAAUCCGAACAAGUGUCACCGAAAUCCCUGCAAAUCCUGGCGCAGUAUUCAUAUCCGAAGCUAAAGAAGAAGAAGCUGUCAGCCCUUCAACUUUGCGCCUGGAUUAUGAACCUAAAAAUGCUUUGGUUUCCUCAUCGCCGCCAGCUUCACAUGACGAGAACGCUACGAUUUCCGAUGUCUACAGCAAUCCUUCUAUCAAUCGAUCGCCUAUCCCGGAAUCACCCAGUCAGGUGGAGAAUCCAUCGCCGGAUGAAUUGCAUAAGGCCGUGGCUGUUUCUUCAAUCAAUUCUUUGACGAACGUUCUUCUUGUCGAUGUUCUUGGCGAUAUCCUUGGACAAUUAAAUUCUUCGUCUGAAGGAAUACAACUGAGAGAAAUAUUUGAGAACCCCCACUUAACAGCAUUGCUGGAAACGCACGACGCGGUGACGGAGACUCUACAAGUGCCUGAUUAUUCGUCCACACAGGGACCGUUUGGUAAACCUGUAUUCGGAAAUUUUGAUCUUUCUUCUUGGGAGAUGCCGGCGGAUAUCAGUGCUGUACGUGCAGUUGGUAUCAGAAAAAAUCCCGGAGAGCCGUUGGGUUUGACAGUUAAGACUGAAGAUGGGCAGUUGGUUAUUGCAAGAAUACUUGCUGGAGGAGCAGUUGAUCGUCAGGGUCUCCUUCACGUUGGUGACAUCAUUGGAGAAGUUAAUGGUAUCGUCGUUCGUUCGGCGGAACAGUUGCAGGUGGAAAUUGCACGUUGUAGGGAACACAUUCAACUGAAAAUUUUACCAAGUUUUCAAGAAAAUGGUUCGAAUGGAGCACAGGUAGGCCAAUCGCCUAGCACAAUCCUGGCUUCAGAGACUCUUAACAACGUGUCUGUGUGCUGCGUUCGAGCUCACUUUGACUAUGAUCCGAAAGAAGACAAACUGCUUCCAUGUCCCGAGAUUGGUCUCGCAUUCAAAAAAGGGGAUAUUUUGCAGGUUGUCAACCAAAGUGAUCCCAAUUGGUGGCAAGCCAAGAAGGUUGGUUGGAGUGGCCCGGCAGGUUUGAUUCCUUCGCAAGAGUUGGAAGAACGUCGCAAAGCGUUUGUUGCACCAGAAGCCGACUUCGUUCACAAAAUAGGCUUUUGUGGAACUAGAAUCUCGAAAAAGAAAAAGAAGUUAAUGUACCAGAUAAAAUCAAGUGUUGAUUUGGAUAAAGCCGAGCUACUCCUCUAUGAAGAGGUAACUCGUAUGCCACCCUUCCGGCGGAAGACCUUAGUACUCGUGGGAUCUGAGGGCAUAGGGAGACGUACAUUAAAGAACCGGUUGAUCAACAGUGAUCCAGAUCGUUUUGGAACUACCAUGCCUCACACGUCCCGGCCAAUGCGUGAGUUGGAAGAGGAUGGUAUGGGCUAUUGGUUCGUCUCGCGAGAAGAAAUGGAACAUGACGUCCGUGAUCACCAGUUUCUCGAAUUCGGAGAGCACAACAAUCAUCUUUAUGGUACAAAGUUAGAUAGUAUCCGCGCAGUCAUCCGCCAGGGCAAAAUGUGUGUCCUUGACUGCAGCCCAAACGCACUAAAAACUCUUCACAACUCACCAGAGUUUAUGCCUUAUGUCAUAUUUUUAGCAGCACCUGGAAUGGACCAAUUGAAAAGCAUUUACGAGAACUCGCGCUAUUCCAGUCGAAAUCUGGGAACGUUUGAUCGUUCCAGUUCCAUUCGCUUCAGUUCGAGACGAGCACGUACUCUCGAAUCCCUGACGUCUUUAUAUGAGGAAGAGGAUUUCAAAAAUGCGUUGGAGGAAAGCGCUCGUAUUCAGCGAAUUUACGAGAAAUAUUUCGAUCAGAUUAUCGUCAAUGAAGAUCCCGACCAAACGUUUCGCAAAGUGGUUGAAGCACUGGAAAUUCUUUCCAAUCAACACCAGUGGGUUCCCGUUUCAUGGGUCUACUAGACAAAAAAAAACUAAACCAACAAACAGAACGAAUUCAUUGCCAAUAAUAUUUCAUCGUAUUUUAUUGAAUUGCAUUUUUUCUCACUUGCCUGCCGUAACGUCACAGGCCCUCAAGAUCUUUUGAGAAUCUGAAACUUUUAUUUUCGACUGUUUAUCCUCUUCGCACGAUUAAGGCGAAGUUGUGUUAUUUUAUACAAACAACAUUUACGUUCGUUUCAUCGAGUUUUUUUUAGCAGCAUGGUUUGAACUCAAAUAUAGAGUUUGGUCCAUCUGUAAUUUUAAAGCUUAUGAGCAUCCAAUAGAUUGCGUGAAUCACAUGCUUGUGUGAAAGAGCCCCAUCUGUCGAAAAAAUAAGAUUUUGCUUACAUGUUGUAUUUUUUAGGCAGCUCUCUAUUUUUCGGGGCAACAUUUUGUUAUGAAAGUGUGAAUGUCUACAACUUGCGAUACAUCGAUUUUAAAUUGCAGAACGUAAAGCCCUCCGCGAGAGCAGCUGUAACUUCAAAUGAUAUGUUCUUCUGUAGUUCAGCCAUAAUCUAUUGAUCAAAAAUGGAAUACAAUCAGUGCAGCACA